AUGGCUGACGCACUCAAGGCGGAGGGCAACAAGCUCUUCGCGGAAAAGAAGUUCGAGGAGUCCAUCGAAAAGUUCUCACAAGCUAUCGAGCUCGAACCGACAAAUCAUGUGCUUUACUCGAAUCGAUCGGGAGCUUAUGCCUCGUUGAAGGACUACACCAAGGCGCUCGAGGAUGCGAACAAGGUGGUGGAGAUCAAGCCUGACUGGUCAAAAGGGUGGGGGCGCAAAGGCACUGCGCUACACGGUGGUGGUGACCUAGUGAAUGCAACCGACGCCUUCGAGCAGGCGCUCAAGCUCGAUGCGAACAACGCGCAAGCGAAAGCUGGUCUUGAUUCUGUCAAGCGUGCCAUUGAAGCCGAAGCGCGAGCUGAUGGUGCCAGUGGUGACGCUGCAGGUGGCCUUGGUAACAUGUUCAACGAUCCUUCGAUGUUCCAGAAGCUUGCCGCCAAUCCGAAGACCGCGCCGCUCCUCGCAGACGCCGAAUUCAUGCGCAAGCUACAGCAGCUACAGAAGAACCCAAACGAUGUCGGAUUGGCAAUGCAGGACCCCCGCUUCCUUCAGGUCAUGAGCGUGCUGCUCGGCAUCGACAUGUCGUUUGGCGAGCCGCCAGCCGGUGCUCAGCAGGCCAGUGCUUCUGGAGAGGCUGAGGAAGAUGUGGAGAUGCCGGACUACAAGCCAGCGCCUAAGGAGGAGCCAAAAAGGGCCCCUGAACCUGAAGCAGAACCAGAGGAGACCGAGGAGGACCAGGCUGCGAAAGAGGCCAAGGCCAAGGCUGAUGAAUUCAAAAAGAAGGGCACAGAGUUCUACAAGAAGCGUCAAUUCGAUGAGGCUAUUGAGCAGUAUACCAAGGCAUGGGAGACACACAAGGAUAUCACCUACAAGACGAACCUGGGAGCAGCCAAGUUCGAGAAGGGCGACUACCAGGGCUGCAUCGAGGCUUGCAUCGAGGCUGUAGAGCACGGUCGUGAGAUCUACGCGGACUUCAAGAUUAUCUCAAAGGCCUUUGCACGUAUCGGUACUGCGUACGAGAAGCAGGGCGACCUGGCCAAUGCCAUCCUCUACUACCAGAAGGCACAAACCGAACACAAGACCCCGGAGGUCCUUGCGAAGUUGCGUGCAGCUGAAAAGGCCAAGAUCAAGCAAGAGAAGGAGUCCUACAUCAACCCAGAGGAGGCAGAGAAGGCGCGUGAGCUCGGUAACGCCAAGUUCAAGGAAGCGGACUGGCCGGCUGCCGUCGAGGCCUACUCAGAGAUGAUCAAGCGUGCACCAGAGGACCCGCGUGGUUACUCUAAUCGAGCAGCCUGCUUCAUCAAGCUUUUGACCUUCCCCUCGGCGGUGCAGGACUGCGACGAGGCCAUCAAGCGUGACCCCAAGUUCAUCCGUGCGUACCUCCGGAAAGCGCAAGCGUACUUUGCCAUGCGCGAGUACAACAAGUGUAUCGAUGUGUGCGCAGAGGCUGCGGAGCACGAUGAGGGUGGUAAGAAUGCGCGCGAGCUCCAGCAACAGGAGCAGAAGGCGUUGCAGGCGCAGUACUCAGCACGCGAGGGCGAGUCCGAGCAGCAGACGAUGGAGCGCAUCCAGAGGGAUCCUGAGAUUGUUGCAAUCCUGCAAGAUCCCAUCAUGCAGAGCAUCCUCCAGCAAGCGAAGGACGAUCCGGCGGCGCUGCAAGAGCAUCUCAAGAACGCAAACAUCCGCUCCAAGGUGCAGAAACUCAUGGCUGCAGGUGUCAUCCGCAUGGGUCGCUAA